UUCCGAGGAGGACUUGAACGCAUCACGUGCCCUGACAAGCAGCGCUCGCUUUCACAGCCACUGAAAUGUUAGCUCUGCGUCAUUAGCUUGAGUUUUAACCUAAAACAUCAUACUUACUCUCGCUUGCUUGAGUUUUAAUGAAUAUAUAAAGCAAAUUGACCCAGCAGCGUUUCCAAGAAGCAGACGAAAAUGACAUCUAAACAGAAAGGGAAGGUCGGCUCCAAGAGUAAGGAGGAUGCUCCUUAUGAGUUGGAGAGCCAGUAUAUCCUGAGGCUUCCUUUGGAGUACGCCUCAACAGUGAGGAGGAUUGCCCAGUCCAGCAGUAUGAACAUGAAAGACAGACUCACCAUCGAGUUACAUCCUGAUGGUCGACACGGCAUAGUGAGAGUUGACCGCGUCCCUUUGGCCUGUAAGCUGGUGGAUCUGCCCUGUAUGAUUGAGUCUCAGAAAACAGUUGACAAGAAGACAUUUUACAAGACAGCUGAUGUUUGCCAGAUGCUGGUGUGCACACUAGAUGGAGACCUUUACCCUCCUCUAGAAGAGCCAACUGGCACUGACCCUAAGAGCAAGAAGAAGGACAAAGACAAGGACAAGAAAUUUGUUUGGAACCACGGCAUAACCUGUCCUAUGAAGAACACGCGCAAGAGAAGAUUCCGGAAGACUGCAAAAAAGAAGUACAUUGAAUCUCCUGAUGUGGAAAAGGAAGUGAAGAGAUUGCUGAGCACAGAUGCUGAGGCUGUCAGUGUCCGGUGGGAGAUCAUAGCAGAGGAUGAGUCCAAGGAAGCAGAUCAGCACGGCUCUCUAGCCAACCUGGACUCGUCACCGGGCACUUCAGGACAUAAGAUGGGUCAUGGGUCUUCUGCCCAGCGCGACGAACUGAGGGAGAUCUUCAACGACAUCAGCAGCUCCAGCGAGGAUGAGGAAGACGAAGGGGACCGUCACGAGGACGAGGACCUGAACAUCAUGGACACUGAGGAUGAUCUGGUUGGACAGCUCCAAGACAAACUCAAUGAGUCUGAUUCAGCGCAGCAUGAAAGCGACAGAAACAGCCAGAUAGUUAUGGAGUAUCAGGUGCAGAUCAACAACGUCAAAGGCAAGCUUCAGGACACCCGCGCCCGCAAGAAACAGCAAGAGGAGCUCAUCAUGAAAGUGGAAAACCAGGCCCUCAAAAACCGCUUUCAAGCUUUGUUGGACGAGAUUAUUCAGCAGGAGGAGAGAGAGAUGGAGCAGCUGGCCUCCCUGCAGGAGCAGCUGGACUCUCUGAUAGAGAAGUGACCACUAGGGGGCAGCAUCAUGUCAUCAUCUGCCACUAAUGAACAGGAGUGAAGAGGAAGAGGAGGAGAAGAAGAGCCUUCAUCCAUGGAGAAGGAAGUUUUCAUUAGCUGGCUAUCAGUUUAUUUUUUUAUGCAUUACAUAUGCGGCAUACUGAUCUGUGUGUGAAAAGUUGUUUUUUUUAUUGAGUUGAAAACUUUGUUAAUCAUUGCUGUACAGUUUGCUUUAAUCAUAACAACAUCAAAAGUUGUCUGUUUUUUCUUGUUGAAUAAAACCUUACUUAUGUGUGAUGUUAUAUUGUAUCACCCACUACAGAAAUAAAAUACAGGGAUACACAAAAUGUCCAAGAAAUGGAAA